AUGGCCCCUUUCAGCGGGCAUGUAUGUUUAUACAUAAUUCGAAUGCAGUGGAAAGUCUUGUAUUCACAUGCGCAUAAGGUUAUUGCCAGAAACCAGAAGCCAGCCGUUCCCCGGCAACACGCGCCACUCAGCCACUUGGAGGUCCCGUCACGCAUUGUCACACCCCUAUCAUUGAUGUUGCUGCCGGACGAAGUCUCUAGUGGACAGAUGGUUCGCGCCAUCGUCACUACAUACAUAGUACAGUACCCCUGGUCGGGUCAUUUCAUUUGGCCUCGCCAACGCGGUGGUCAGGGCUGCGGAACACAGUUGAACGGUAGGGUACUAAGUGCUGGACGUUGGAUAUCAACUAGCAGCCAAUGGUGCAGAGCAAAACGGCGGAAAGCGGACAGUAUCCGGCCAAUGACAGGCACAGAUGGGGAUCAUGGUCCAAUCCGUUGCUUUUUUCGUGGUCCCGCUCCCCCAGAGGACAGUGCGCGUCCCUCAUCUGUCCAGGCGCUCUUGGGUAUUUGCACGGCGCGCACACAACGGUCAGAACACGAUGCUAAGUUCUACUGCAGAUUGAGCCCGUACCCCUUGCGCCUUACCGUUGCCUUGAACACUGGCAAAGUCCCUUCGAACAUUGAUAUCAUUUCGCUCAUUGGAAUUACUUCGAUUCAUCUAAGCGGCCUGUCUCUGCUUUUCUCCUUUGAACAUUUAUCGAAUGAAGUUUGCGUAAGUAGCCAACCGCUACCGUCUCCUGAGGGGACGCCAUGUCAGUCAUUGUCCCGACGCACUUCACGACAUGGCACGCCAGGAAGUGAGACACAUAGUUCGCCAGCUCCACUACCACCAGACCAACGUCACGGUAACGGAGAUGCUGCCAACGAUGAGAACAUCUCCAUCCUCGACCCACGUCGUUUCACCCCUACCUUGCACGCCAAUCUGGUCUCUGAGAUUCUCAACCUUCGCCGGGAAUUAGAUUCAAAGCACAAGUUCAUCGAGGACUUGGAAACGAGUCUCUACACGGUGCGUGUUGACAAUGAUUCGCUCGCGAAACAACUUUCGGCUUCAAAUAAGGAGAGUAAAUCGAUCAAGCGCCAGCUUCAACACUUCGAAAAUGAGACCCUCGCUGCAUUAGAGGAGAUUGCUGGGGAGAGGGACAAGCAUAAGGAGUCUAUCACGGAUCUAAAAGAGAAGCUUGAACAGGCUCAGAAGAAGUCGCGUAGUCAAGAAGAUGAUUCGACAAGGGUUCAUGAUAUGUGGGCGCGUGAAAAGGAGAUUUGGGCUGGGGAGAAGCAAACGCUGGAGCGCCGAGUCCAUCUGUCGGAAUCCCGCUUAAAGAUGCUUCUGGACGAGAUUGCUAUGCAUGAAGCUGCCAACCAAGAAGCUGGACUCGAGAGUGAUGGUGAAGAGGGGGCGCGCGAAGCCCCCGUGGGUGCGGACAGCGACGCGGGCAGCAUACGCUCGUCACCGCAGCGUAGAUCGUCUACACACAUUGGACGACAUGCAAGGAAUUGCAGCAGCAGUAGCUACCGCAGUAUUGGCCGCAAUUAUCGCAUGUCACUGUUGUCCGAAGGCUAUGGUCGAUCGAACGGUCUGAGCCUGGCUGAUGAGCUCAUCUUUGAUGAAGAGGAAGAAUACUUGGGAGAACUGGAGCUGGAUUCUGAUGAUUUCCCUGAGAACGAGAUGCGUGCAAGAAGGGCGCGUGAUUCGCGCCUAUCGUUGAUGAACCCAGAUGAGAAAGCUAAGCGAAUACUGGGUCUGAGUAUCGAUAAUCAGCAAUCCCUCAAGGACCAAUCUCUUCUAGAAGAAAGCGAGCCGCGGAAGACCUCUUACGAUACAGGUCACUCAUCGAUUACACUUGCGCCUCGAGACAUCACCUUGGUUUUCCCUCCCACUCGGCCCAUCUACGUCAACACUGGUGUGCAACCAACUCCGCCACAAUCGCCUACCCGGCCUGUAAUGGUUGAAGCCGCUUCGCAGACGAGUUACACUCCUGUGCAACAGAAAUUGCAUGACGUCUCCGUGACGGCUGCCGAAGUCGAAGCAAAUCAAAGCCGAAAGCGGACAUCAAUUACACCGUCUAAUCAUCCAUCGCUCAGUAUUAGCCUCGUAAGCUCAACCAUGACUUCCAGCUCGGUACAGACGGUCGAACCUCUGAGCCCUCCAGCUACCCCUAAGAUAGCUGCGUCCGUGAAUCAGCCACUUUAUUCUACGCUAUCGACACAGGCUGUGUCAACCUCUACGCAAACUGAUCUAAUAGAAGAGCCCAAGGAGUCAAAUCUCCAUAACAAAAAGGCAUUGCCACCACCAGCAAUCACAAUUCCUUCAAUCGCUAUCCACGCCCCUUCUUCGGCUCCUUCCUCCCCAAGAGAGCCGAUUCUACCUCCAUGUACUAAGACAGUCUCGACACAGACAACAGGGGAUCUGGCAUCGCCAAUGCGCUCCCACGGUAUGCAAACAGAACCGAUACGAAUCGAUCAACGUCGUGUGAAGCUUCCAUCUCAUUUGUUGCCUUCAUCAAUCUCAUCCAAGCCUGGCACCCCCGAGUCCAAACACAUUAGUGAGGCAUCCAUACAGGAUCUCAGCACAGAGCCGCAAUCAAACGAUAGAGACUCCCCUGCCCUCAAAUCAUCUGCUCGUCAAGAUCUCUUCAUGCGACUCGAAAAGGCUGCAGAGAGGAAGAUAGAGAAUCGCUACCCUGGAAACAACGACAACGGGCCAUUGUCUCGAUUCCAACAGUCCGACAUACUUAGUCGGCCAUUCCGGACGAGCAGUCUAUUUGCCGGAUUUGACGGGCCAUCUUCUGAUGAGGAAGAUGAUGAUGAUUUUGGGUAUAAUAGUGACGAUGACUAUAGCGUGCCAAAGUUCUCCAGCUCUAUGCUGUCAUCGCGCAACGCUAAAAGUGGACGCCCAGUCAACCCUCCAACGCCUGUCCCAGAGGACAAGGAGACAUCGCCUCAACCCCGGCCCUCGGAAGAUUCUAUGGUAUCUAAGCGUAGUUCAAUGGAGAGGCCAGCCAAGGUCGGUAAAGCAACACGUACUACCAUUACCCGCCAGCCAAGUAUCCGAAGAUCUGUGAUGAUUCAAAAUGGCACUGCAGCACAUUCACGUUCUCGCAGUCCAAGCUUUGGGAGUGUGGCUUCCAGUGGCUAUGUACCAAAACCACCUUUCCCAGUACCGACUCGCUCGAGUUCACGUAAGCCCAUUAGCAAGAGCGAAGGCUCUCAAAGCCCAACCCCUCGUAACAGCGGAUCUUACGCUGGCCGACGUCCAUACGGUGUGUAUCAUCAGCGCAAAGACAGCUUGCGGAAGGUCAGAUCAGCAGCUCCUAUAGUGAAGACUCGCUCUCGCAGCAGAUCUCCGACAUUACCUACUACCCCAAGCAUCGCCGAUACGUCGUCAAUCCCUCCUCUACCGAGCGACAUUGUGAGCGCUAGGGGCUUUAAUCACCGCCAUCAGUUAUCAAACGCCACUGCCUACACGGCCAAUGGCUCGAUCAACAGCUCUGUCAACCAGACUAGCGUAGUCGAUGCCAUUGCUGCCGCUAUGAUUGGAGAAUUUAUGUGGAAAUACGUUCGUAAGAGGAAGACUUUUGGUGGCCCAGAUGCACCGGCAGACAUGAGUCGCGCUGCAGAGGAAGCCUCUUUGGCCAAUCAUGGAGUGCGACACAAGCGCUGGGUGUGGAUUUCCCCAUACGAGAGAGCGAUUCUUUGGAGUAGCAAGCAGCCAACUUCUGGCUCUGCACUCAUGGGCAAGAGUGGUCGCAAACUCGUUAUCCAGUCAGUCCUUGAUGUGGCCGAUACCUGCCCUGCACCCAGGAACGAAAACCUGUUUAAUCGAUCCAUUCUGAUCCUUACACCCGCCCGAGCAUUGAAGUUUACGACGACUUCACGAGAGCGUCACUAUUUGUGGCUGACAGCGCUGUCCUUCCUGGCUCAUUCGAGCUCGCCAAUGCCCAACCUCGAUGCUAUGCCACCAGUGCCACCCCCUGUUGAUGAAUCUUUGCGGCGUAAUCAAGGUGCAACACUCCGGAGAAGCCGCGUCCAAGACUCGGUACGGCUUGCCAAGGGACGAGUCAACCCCGUCAUGGCGCGUUACGCGGCACAGAACGAGCCUAUGCCUAGUUUGCCUUCACUCUCUGGGUUCGAAAGGCCCAUUCCUGACGCUGCGAGUCCUCCGACAAUCCCUCGUGGACCACAGCAUGGCAGGAAGCGAAGCUCCACUGGACCCAGUGCUCCCCCUCCCAACGUACCCUUCCGAAGCUUCUCGCAUCAGAACGUACCGUCAAUCUACUCAAACGGAUCGUCGGACAUGUACAGUGCUGGUGUUCCCCCAUCAGUGCCGUCUAGCGUAUACAACCCUAACAGCGGUGCUCUUAGUUCGAGAACCUCGGAAGCCAGUACAUCAACGCGUCGGCAUUUCUUCGACACGAUGGGGACAGUCCGCAUGGAGGCUUUCGUCGCAGGCAUCGACAAUGCUCUGGUGGACCAGAACAAACUGACUGGGCACAAUGCGAGGACGCGAAUGGCUCGCCGUCGAGGUAGCAGUCAAUGGAGUGCCAGUACUAGAGACGCCUCCAACCGAUCCGGCGGUCUUUUCGAAGACUUUGAUGCCGGCGGCGAUCCCUUCCGUGGCUUCUAG